UAUAUUGAUAGCAAAGGGAGACUCUAAUCCCAUCUCCCAUCUACCUCUACUCAAUAUUACAUAUAGUCUCGUGUCUGCUGGUUAACUUGUUUCAUAGUUGAAGAAAUUAGAGGGGCUGAAAAUGCAGUUGAACGACCAUAUUCCCGUCAAAAGCCUCAACAACCCAGUUGACGAGUCCAAAUAUUUUGAUGACGAUGGUCGUCCCAAACGCACAGGCACAAUUUGGACAACAAGUGCACACAUAAUAGCAGCAGUGAUCGGUUCUGGAGUGCUUUCUUUGGCAUGGGCAAUAGCUCAGCUCGGAUGGAUCGCCGGUCCAUCUGUGAUGCUCAUGUUCGCCUUGGUUAAUUAUUAUACUGCAUCUCUACUCGCUGAUUGCUACAGGUUCGGUGAUCCUAUCAAUGGCAAGAGAAAUUACACUUACAUGGGUGCCGUCCGAUCUAAUCUUGGUGGGCUUAAGGUCAAGAUAUGUGGGUUGUUUCAGUAUGUGAACCUUUUUGGCAUUAGCAUUGGGUAUGCUAUUGCAACGUCUAUUAGCAUGACGGCUAUACACAAAUCAAAUUGUUUUCACAAGAGUGGAAGAAAAAAACCAUGCCACACUUCAAGCAACCCAUACAUGAUAAUGUUUGGAAUCAUAGAGAUUGUGUUGUCUCAGAUUCCAGGCCUUGAUCAGUUAUGGUGGCUCUCAAUUGUUGCCGCAAUUAUGUCUUUUACUUACUCAACAAUUGGACUCGGCCUUGCUGUAGCCAAAAUUGCAGCCACUGGAACUCUCAAGGGUAGUCUAACAGGAAUCCCAGUUGGAAGUAUAACUCAAACCGAAAAGAUAUGGAGGAGUCUUCAAGCUAUUGGUGACAUAGCUUUUUCCUACUCUUAUUCAUUCAUCCUAAUUGAAGUUCAGGACACAAUCAAAUCCCCACCACCAUCAGAAGCAACAACAAUGAAAAAAGCCAAUUUAAUAAGCACUUUAGUAACCACAUCAUUCUAUAUGCUUUGUGGAUGCAUGGGCUAUGCAGCUGUUGGAGAUUUAGCUCCUGGCAAUCUCCUCACAGGAUUUUCCUUCUAUAACCCAUUUUGGCUACUUGAUAUUGCCAACAUUGCCGUUGUCAUCCAUCUCCUAGGAGCUUAUCAAGUCUAUUGCCAACCCGUUUUCGCCUUUAUAGAAAAACUAGCAUCAACAAAAUUCUCGGAAAACAAAUUCAUAACCAAAGAGAUAAAAAUUAACAUCCCAGGUUUCAGGCAUUACAAUCUACCUUUAUUUCGAAUAGUGUGGCGAUCAUUUUUUGUAGUUACAACUAUUGUAAUUGCAAUGUUGGUGCCGUUGUUCAACGAUGUGUUAGGAAUUCUUGGAGCAUUGAUUUUUUGGCCUCUAACUGUUUAUUUUCCGAUUGAGAUGUACAUUGCACAGAAGAAGAUAGAAAAGUGGAGUACCAAGUGGAUAUUCAGCCGACUGUUGAGUGUGUUUUGCCUAAUGAUUUCUAUUGUGGCUGGAGUUGGCUCUAUUGUAGGUGUAACACUUGAUCUUAAAGCUUUCAGGCCAUUCAAGAUUAGCUACUAAAUCAGUGCCAUGUUAUUAAAUUUAGGAGUUUACUUGUAUUGAAGGUGUUUUUUUUUUUUUUUUUUUCUUUAAAUAUUUUCUUUUUCACCCUUUUGGCAUAAUCUGGCAAUAAACAGCAAAUUAUUACAAAGUUUAAAUAAAGAGAUGA